UGCAUAUUGUACAUGUCCUACAUGUACAAAAGAAGAAGAAGAACGAAACAGAAGUUAUUCCAGUCGACGUGGCUAGUCAUUCUAGCGUGUCAAUAAACAACAAAACGACUGGAGAGACGAUGGAGACAACAGAUCCACGCAAAGCGGACACCACAGUGACAGGUGCCAGUGUCAAAAUGACAACCGUUGGUCAACCGUCCAAAGCUGGUGCCUGUAUGAAUGAACUGAUGCCAACGGAGGAAUCCCAUACCGGCUUUUCACCGGGACUCCAGAACGCGCCACCCGAGGAAAUUCCUGGAACUCCUAGCCCCAAGAUGUAUAAUGUGCAGCACGCAUGUGCAAAUGAAACGGCACCUCUCGGGGCACAGAGCUUCUACCACGACGUAACUCUCACAACUCUGAGUCCGCCAAGGGAGGACAGUACCGUGCACUUUGAUGCACUUACUUCUUUUACCUCCUCUCCUACAUUUCAGUCACGUGAAUCAAGAGACAUUCCGAAGAGUGUACAUUCACAUGCUGGAGAAGAAGCUGCAACGCAUUUACCCUGCACAUAUUCCCAGCAACGAAUGGAUUUUGCUGACACUGACUGCAAUAUAAUGCUGUCGAAUAAAGGCCCUUUUGGCGAUGGCGACCCCACUGCCCCCACAGGCUACGACGUGAAACCUUCACCACUGGACCACGAACGAAUGUUUUCUGAGGAGGAGAUGUGUCAGUCACUGAAGUUGCAGGAACAGAUGUUUCGAGAACGGCUACUCAAGAAAAACCAGCAGGGUUUGGAAAACCAAAGGCAAAUGCGGCAACGCCUGGAUAUGCAAGACAGAGUCACUCACCGGAUUUUUCAAGCCGUGAAGGAGCUCGCCAGGAGAUGUGACGAUGCUGCCAAGGAGCGAGAGCGCCUAACGUCUGAUGUGGCUCAGCUCACCAAGGAAAGAGACGAGCUGGUGGAAGACUUGAGAGAAGUUGAAGCCGCUUUUUCGCAACUUCACAGCAGAUAUGAACACGCGAAGGAUGCAAUUGGCAAAAUGAAGGAGAAUGAAUCUCUUUUGAAGAACCAAUUGACAGAAGUUCAGACAAUGUUGGCCAGAAGGAACAAGAUGCUGAGCACACUCAAGACCAACGUUGAGGAAUCCACUGGAGCGGCAAACAAAGAAAUCGAGGGUUCCAGGAAAAAAAUGAACGCAGAAAACACCGUGCUGAAGGGUCAGUUGAAAAAAGCCGAGAUGAAGAUAAACAGCCUGGAGAAACAUCUGGAGCAGAAGACGGAAGAGAACUCCCAGCUGACACAGAUGUACGAUGACCUGCUCAGCAAGGUUCAGCAAAACUGAAAUCUGCGUGCUGGCUUCCACUCCUGCGAGGCUUGAAAGAGUUUCUGGCUUCUUGUAUCGUGACAAAUAAUACUCUUGGGCCAUUUCA